AAAUCGUCCAAGUGGCCAACUUCAUCUCCCUUUAUAAUGAGUACUAUAAAAGUGGUGGUUCUAAAGAGUAUUUCACGGGAAACUUUAUUGGAAAGGCAGGUUCAGUCGUAUGGGUGUUCAUUGUUAUGUUGAUUACAUUUUUAGGUGUUGCUGCAUAUCUGGCCUUAUUCUUCAUGGGGUAUAUUUGGGAAAAGAGGCGUGAGAUUUACUUUGUUGGAUUUGACGCUAUUUUCAUUGUUUUAUGGUUCACUGAAGUCUUUACGAACCUAUAUUGGGCCUACAAGGGGCAAGAAAGUAUAUGUUAUUAUUACACCGCUGAUCCUGAAGAAAGAUCUUAUGUGGAUUCCAGAGCGAAUGCCAUCUGUGGGUCUUACAUCGCUUCGAAUGUGUUUGGUUGGUUCCUUCUGAUAACUUUCAUAUUAGGAGCAGGCCUCUCCUUUAAGAUUCAUCUUGAUUCAAAGAAAGAAAAUUCUG